UAAUUAGCAUACAGUUGUCAGUGUAGUAUUAUUAGAAGCAUAGUUAGUAGCAUAGUAUUGCAUCAAUUAGGAUAGCAUUAAGUUAGCAUAGAUUUUUAGCAUUAGGUUUAUCUGUAUUUAGUACAGUGGUUAGGAUGGUACGUAGGUGUAGUGUUGCUGGUUGCAACAGCACUGCUGGACUGCACAGCUUCCCAGCAGACUUGAAAAUUAGGUGCCAGUGGUUGCAUGCACUUGGCCUGGAAGACCUUGAGUUCCCACCUAGAGCUGGAGUGUGUAACCUGCAUUUUACGGCGGAUUGCUUCUCCAACACAAUCGAGAUGGAAAUGGGCUUCUCCAAACAGCUCGCGCUGAAAAGUGACGCAGUUCCAAACGCUACUCCACCACCGCUGUGGCGUCUUCAGCCUAAGAUGACCAGAGAAAUUGGGUGCCAGACUGAACCAGUCAGCUCCAGAUCUGCAGGUGUGCAGGCUAACGUGAAGCCCAUCAGGAGAAGCAAAGCCACCCAGGCCAGAUUGCAUAACAGGAAUGUGUCGUGUGACACAGGCACACUGAUGGAGCCUUUCACAGAGUGUCCCGGGACAGCCUCUACACCAUUGAAGAGGAAAAGAUGUGAGGUGUCCACUGAUGACUCCAGCUGCCAUAAAGAUGGAAGUGAGAGCACCAUGAACUGUACAAGCGUCUCCAAUGAAGUAUUACCCCACAAAGUGACUAAGUACAUUGUUUAUGAAGAUAAACUGCUGGAGCUUUUUAGAAGAUGCCCUGUCUGCACCCGGAGUUGUGUUGUAUCACAAACAACCAUUGGGACACUUCUCCGUGUCAAACAGCACUGUGCUCACUGCGAGUACUCCAGUGAUUGGUAUAUUAAUUCAUGUAGGAUGCCAUUGAAGGCCUAGGUGUAAAAUGCACGGACCACCACUUUUUUAUAUAUAUAUAUAUAUAUAUAUAUAUACACACUUAUUUUCAUAUAUAAAAACAACAUCUUUUUUUUAUUUGAGUGAUGUUAUCAAGCCCUCUUUUUAAAUACCACUUUUUUAUUUAUGUAUGUAAUGGAAGCCUAUAAGCCAGGGAUAAUGUCACUUUCCUGCUUUCAGCUCAUUAUCACGUUCAGAAAGCACAACAACUGUCACACACCUGUACAGAAAAGUAGUUCAGGUUCAAUAUCAGGUCAGUAUCGUUGUCUGUGUUCAUAUGUGGGUGUGGGAAGAGAGUGUUCGAGAGGUGAGCCAUCAACACAGGUAUGAAGCCUGAGGAGGAAGCCAGAUUUCUGGAAAAUCAUAGAACAAUAUGACCUAAGACUGAACUCGUAAGA